UGAAUGGGGGAGGACCACAAUUCGGUUAUUUGGGCCCCCAUGGGCCACGAAAAUGGGGGAAAUUAAGCCCAACUUACUCGGCCUGCUCCAAUGGAAAAUUUCAGUCUCCUAUCAAUAUUGUGAAGUCAAAAUCUGUUCCUAGUCAGCACCUGAAGCCAUUAGACAUCGAAUAUCAUUUUACUGCUAAUGCUACUCUUGUUGACAAUCUCUUCAAUGUUGCGAUGAACUAUGAUGGAAAUGCAGGAGUCUUGAAAUUAAAUGGAAAAAACUAUACCCUCAUACAAAUGCAUUGGCAUUCGCCUUCUGAGCAUCACCUCGAUGGUCUUCAGUAUGCCGCUGAGCUCCAUCUAGUGCACAAGUCCGUUGAUGGCGAAGUAACAGUUAUAGCGGUUCUCUAUCAAUAUGGUCAUCCCGAUCCUCUUCUUACUAAGAUACAAUCUAAACUUGAGAAAUUAGUAAAGGAGGCUCAUAGCUCAACAAACAAACAAGCUCAAGUUGCUCUUGGGGCCAUCACCACGAAGGAAAUUAGGAAACACUCACGCAAGUACUAUCGAUAUGUAGGAUCUUUUUCCACACCUCCAUGUACCGAAGGAGUUAUUUGGCACAUUCUUGGCAAGGUGAAAUCGAUUUCAAAGGAGCAAGUAGCAGAAUUAAAGGCGCCAUUGAUAUGGGAAUGCAAGAGCAACUCAAGACCAGUUCAACCGUUGAAUGGAAGACAAAUAGAGAUGUAUGAUGAUGAGAUGAACCAUGCUUGAGAAAACCUAAACCAAAACAUGUACCAUUUUUGGAUAAAAAACUAUUUGUCCAUGUUUAUUGUGGCUCAAGGUUUUAAUAAGAUGUGAUAUUUAUCUA